GUGUAAAAGAUUUUUUUUUUUCUAUUUUCAGAAAUGACCUCGGUGCGUGUGAUUAACCCUGAACAAGUCUUUGUUCAUAUGUAUUCAUGAACAGGUCUGUUUGUCUUGGCCAAUGGUCCAGUCUCAUCUGUGGAACAUAUUUUAUGCAAAACGGCACUAUUGUAGGCUUCCCAGGGGCAAAGCCGUACGAGGGCAGUAUCCUGGAGGCAGACUGUCACAUCCUGAUCCCUGCGGCCGGAGAGAAGCAGCUCACCAGGAACAAUGCUCCCAGAAUCAAGGCCAAGAUCAUCGCUGAAGGUGCCAACGGACCCACAACUCCUGAAGCUGACAAGGUCUUCCUGCAAAACAACGUGAUGGUUAUUCCUGUACGUGAACUAAACUGAACCUAUAACACUAUACAAUACAAAUAUAAUAUACAAUACACAUAUAAUAAUAUAACAGUCAUCAGUGAGGACUUGGACUUAGACUUGGACUUUAUUGAUCAACAAGGGAAAUUAUUUGGACACAGUAGCUCACAGCAUUGAGCAAGAGACUGAUGUCAAAUAAGACAUGGUAACUGGUCAUGGUCAGGAGUCAGAAUACACUAGACCAGGGGUCGGCAACCCAAAAUGUUCAAAGAGCCAUAUUGGCCCAAAAAAACAAAAA